GGAAAUCCCGGUCCGGUCCAGGGAGAGGGCGCGGGCCAAACCACCACCAGUCCACCAGAUCUCCUCCCGGCGGCCGUGGCCGCGACGGCGAGGAAGCCGGCAUGAGCGUGUUCGGCGGCGACAGCUGGGCGCGUGACGCGCAGCAGCGGAAGCGGCGCCUCGACGACCUCUUGCUGCCCUCCACGGCGUCCUCGUCUCCCUCGACGCCUGAUUCCUUCAGGAAGCUCCCCAACGGCAAGCUCGCCUGCCUCGUCUGCCCCCACCGCCCCGUCCUCGACACCCCCCUCAUGCUCUCCAUGCAUAAUAAAGGUGCACGGCACAUCGCUGCAGAAUCUAGGCUGAGGGAGAAAGAAUUAUCUAAGAAGCAUGAAAUUAACAAGAGACUGGCUCUCUCUUCAGAUGCUUCCCAUUCAAAUUCUGGCAAUCUGCACACCGGUAUUAGGCCUACCAAUAUCAAAGAAAAGCCAUUAAUCGAGGAGACCCGGAGGGCAAUUCUGGAGGCACAGUCAAGCAGAUUCAAUGAUUUCAAAGGCAAGAAGGCAUCUCAUGAUUCGAAAUGGACGGCAAAUACUUCAUCCUUUGACUCCAAUGUUGCUCCUUCUGAUGUUCCCAUGGAACUAUCCACUGGAAAUGCUGGAUCGCGAGAAUGGAACUGUAAAGGAGAAACUUCCGCUGGAAAUCAGACUCAAGACAAGUUAUUUUCUGAUAGGCAAACAGAAGUCCGAAAACGCCAGGAGCUAGAACUUCGGUUCACUGCUUCAGGCUGGAAACGGGAUGGCCAUGGAAGAUGGUACAGAGAUGAAAAUGUUGAAUUUGACUCAGAUGAAGAUGAUCCUAACAUCUGUCUCUCCUGAUCAUUUGAAAAGGCAUUCUGAAUUGAACUACCAAUGGCCCAACUGGGAAUAUGGAAUCCAUCAUAAUGCAAUAUGAAGUGCAGUUUCUCCCUACAAAAAUGGUCGAAUCAUAUUUUAGUCAGCCUGUCAGAUUUUCUGAUAAAUGGAAAUGUCAGAUUAUGUUCCUGUUCAGCUUGAAUCUGUUACUUUGUGAGCGAAACCUGUAUAAUGAUAGUUGAAAAAAUAAAGUCUGUAGUUAUGUUGUUAAAACAUAUUGAGAGAUCAGAGAAUUUUGAUUUUUUCAAAGAUGUAGUCUAGACCUGCCAUUGGCCACUGGAAAGAUAGGUGAUGCCAUUUUUGGUUU